AUGACUUUGCCAAUGCACAAAGAACCGAAACAGAAGAAAUCCCUGCAAAAAUGCGCGAGGGAAUCAUCAGAUAGCGACAAUGACACGAAGAAACCCAAAAAACGAACAAAGAAACAUAAAGACUCAGACUUGGGCAACAAACCCAAACAGAAAGGAAUGUCACUGCAAGAGCAAUGCUUACAUGUUGCACGUUGGAUACCCCGAGGGGUCGCACCUCUUGUCGAGCAGCGAGAAGCAGCUGAAAAAGCGGACCAUAUUGAGGACAAACAAGUUAAGAGUGACCAUGAAGCAAUAUGGAAGAACAUCUCCAAGGAUGAAGAGGCAUGA